AUGGUGUAUGCUCAAUCUAUUGAGGAGUCCAAACUUAAGAGGAAUGGUAUGGAGUUGAAAAGGGGUAGGUCCGAUGAGCAAGGUCAACCUAGGUUCAAGAAGAGAUCUCCUAACCAAGAUUAUUCUAGUGCUUCUAAGGAUAAUGAGGAAAAAGGUGGUGGGUCUCAAUUUUCUAAACCUUUUUAUGCCACUUGUCGGAAGAGGCAUCAUGGGAAGUGCCUUGCCAGUACUAGUGGGUGCUCUAGUUGUGGAAAGAAUGAUCACCAAGUGAGGAAUUUUCCUACUCUUACGGCUAGGGGAAAGGAGGCCAAACAAGCUUCUUAUGUUGUCCUGGAUCAUAAUGCUCCAAAGAAGAAUCGUCUCUAUGCUCUACAAGCUAGCAAGGAUAAAGGAGCUAAUCCGGAUAAAGGUACCGGUAAUUUUUAA